AUGGAAAACUUGAUAAUGCCUGAAGUCCAUCCCGCUUUUGCCAACUCUGGGAAGAAAGCUGGUCUCGAAAUUUGGAGAGUUGAGGACUUCGCGCCUGUCGCAGUUCCAGUACAACAAUAUGGAAAUUUCUACAGCGGAGACUCUUACAUCGUCUUGAAAACAACCGGAAACACAAAUCUUUCUUGGGAUAUCCACUUCUGGUUGGGAUCUAAAACCAGUCAGGAUGAAGCAGGAGCAGCAGCCAUUUUGUCAGUGAAUCUCGAUGAUGGGCAGUUCGAUGGCAGUGCUGUCCAGCAUCGGGAGACUCAGGGCUAUGAAUCCAGGCAGUUCUUGAGUUAUUUUGAACCAGCCAUUAGGUACUUAGACGGCGGACAUUCGUCAGGUUUCAACCACGUGACAAUCAACGCUGGCGCAGAAAAACGUCUCUUCCAAAUUAAAGGAAAACGUAAUGUCAGAGUUAAACAGGUGGAAGUAUCUGUAACUUCAAUGAAUAAGGGAGAUUGCUUUAUACUAGAUGUGGACCAUGACAUCAUGGUGUAUGUGGGGGAGAAGGCGAAGGGUGUGGAACGGUUGAAAGCUAUAUCUGUAGCCAAUCAAAUAAGAGAUCAAGAUCACAAUGGAAGAGGGAAUAUUGAGAUUAUUGAUCCUUUCUCUAAUGAAGGGGACGUCAACACAUUCUUCACCGCUCUGGGCUCCGGAGAUCAAGAUUCUGUAUCGGAUGCUGAAGAGGGAGGCGAUGAUGAGGACUUUGAGCGUGGAGAAGCAAAAGAAGUGUCUCUAAGUGAAAUAUCGGAUAGUACGGGUUCGAUUCAGAUUAGGAAAUUGUCAGGACCGUUAACACAAGAGCUGCUGGAUACUAAGGAAUGCUACAUCCUCGACACUGGCAGCAGUAUUUAUGUAUGGGUUGGAAAGCAAUCAAGUGGACGGGAAAAAGCGGAAGCAAUGAGGCGAGCGCAGCAUUAUCUUGAAGUUAACAACUAUCCUUCUUGGGUACAUAUAUCAAAAGUAGUGGAAGGAACUGAACCCACUGCUUUCAAACAGCACUUUCAAGACUGGAAC